AUGUCCCUCAUGAGGGCAGUGACCAAAGGCCGGAUGCUGGCCAUCUCCAGGCUUCCAUCAGCAGCUGCGGCCCGUACCAGCGCUUUCAUCCCCUCAACGCCCGAUGAGUGGGAAGCUGCAGGCUAUGAGGUCUCCAAGAAGAAUGGGGCACCGAAGAUUGUUUCACCUUGGAACAAGUGGUUCCCAUACGAGCCCGUGCCCUACUCGCCGAAGUUGGGCCCGUACAUCACGCAUGUAGAGAAGGACCAUGUCUAUUACUGGUGCUCCUGCGGCGAGUCGGCUCACGAGUCACAGCCAUGGUGUGACCAAGUCGGAUGCAAGGACACGAAGUUUCAUCCUGUGGUCUUUAUCCCCACCGAGUCCGGCAAGCAGUGGUUCUGCGGCUCGAAGCACACUCCCAGCAGGCCAAUCUUCAACGGAACCUGCUGGACAGUCUGGAUGGACGUGAACACGCUCCCGGCAGCAGGACUCUGCUUCGGCAUCUCCUUCGUCACUGGGGUGCUUACCACCUGGAUGGUGCAUCCAUGA